AUGUACGACGACGACACGCUGAACACGCUCGAGAAGAUAUGGCUCUUUUCCAGGAGCGAGGCGACGUUUCAUCGGGUCUUUAUCGUGCAUUCUCUGCCGGAUUUUCUGGACGACGUGACGCCGACGGAAGCCGUCGAUUAUGUGCUGCCGUUAGUCAGCAGUCUGGCUAUGGACGAAGAGGACGCGGUGAAGGAGGCUCUGGCCGCCGAAUUGGUCCGGAUCGCGUGGUGGUUCCUCACGCAUUGUCAAGUGGUGGAUUACGAGCCAGGGGAGGGCACGGAGAAUCCGACGCUGUUGCCGGUGCAGGCCUUCACGCCCAUCCUGGGCACCCUGCUCCUCUGCCCCAGCCCCGCCGUGGCUACCUCCUCCCGACGGGCCGUCGUCGAGCUCCUCAGCGAAAUCCGCAAAGCGGACGAGGGCGAGGUGGAGCCGGGUCUGUUUGGCGAGGAGGAAAGGCAUCUGUUUAGGCAGGAGCUGCUGGAGAGCGUCGUGGUCGGCAUGGCGAGGCUCGACGUGUCCGAUCGCCCGUCGUCCUCGCAUAGCGACGCUCGCGGCCCCGCUCUGCAAACGCAACCGCAGACGAAUCCGUACUUUCCCGACGUGCCCGCCGCUCCCGCCGCCUCUACCCCCGCGUCGCGCUCCGCCCCGGGAUCCCCCACGCUUGCGCGGAAUGCGCAGGGGGUUGGUGGGGAACGAGCGCAGGGUAUACCGACGACGGUGGUUACGGAUACGGACCCUGCGAUGACCGGGCAGGCCCGCGGCGGGUCGCCUGCGGACGUGAGGAUGACGCCGUCGGAGGAUCCGGACGAUGCGAGCGAACAGGCGGCGAUGGGCCGGUUGUCGAGCAUGAGCUUGAUGGCGGCUGUGACAGCCAGCGGGUCCGUGGACGACGACGCGAGGGCGGAGUUUGUGGGCGAGGUGACGAGGGCGGGACGAGAUCCGGUGUACUGGGUGAGACGCGAGGCCUCUUUUGCAUUGGGAGCUUUGGCGAAGGUCGUCCCGUUCGAGAUCGUCACCGGGUCAUUGUUGCCUUUGUUCGAGGCGCUCUGUCACGAUCCGACGUGGCAUGUGCGCCAUUCCGCGCUGUUCGCGUUCCCCGCCAUAUUGUCCCGGUUGCAGCCCAGGGAACGAAGGAGCCUCGCGAUGGGCAUCGUCUUUUCGCUGUCGGCCGACCCGGCACCCGCGGUGCAGUCGGGCGUUCUGGAGGCGCUGGGCGAAGUGAUACACUCUUUUCGCGACGAUCCCGGUGGACCGCCGUACGACCUCUUGCGGUUGUUUCUCGGGAGGCCGGAAGAUCGAGAGUUUUGGAAGAACCGGAUACGGUCGCUCGGACUCUCGCCCCAGCCGCAGGCGCCGCCGUCGGACCCGACGUCCCCGUUUGCGGGAUCGGGCACGGCGUUUUUCGACGAUCCGGCGAGGCCUCUGAUAUGCGCGUUCAACUUUCCGGCCGUUACGCUGACCCUGGGAAGGGACCGGUGGCACGAACUGCGCGAUUUCUACGCGACUCUGGCGAGGAGCGAGGUCGUCAAGGUCCGCCGAUCGCUCGCCGCCAGCGCGGGAGAAAUUGCGAAGAUCGUCGGUCCGGAGAACGCUCGGCGGGACGUCCUGCCGAUGUGGUUCGAAGCGGUCCGGAGCGAAGAGGCUGAUCUGCGCCUGAGGGCGGUGGAGUGCUUGGGGACGCUGGCGCAAUCGCUAGGGCCCACGGAACGGGCGGAUUUGCUGGUCUCGCUCCAGCGGAUAUGGGUCGAUAACCUCCGAGGAUGGCGGGAACGCGAGACCGUCGCCGGAUCGCUCGACGAGCUCGUGCCGCUGAUGGGCGAGAAACCUGGCAUAUUGCGGUCGCUGUUGUUGAAGGCGCUGCAGGAUUCGGUGGCCGCCGUCCGGCAGGCCGCUAUCAAUAUGGUUCCCAAGUUUUGCGUGGCGUUUGGUAACCGGCCGACCGUUAUACGUGACAUCCAUGAAGAUAUCAACCGGCUUGCCCGUGCGCCGUCCUACCGGUACCGGAUGACGUUUGUUGCUUGCAGGCAGGCGUUGGUACUUGCGCCGGGCGGCGAGUCGACUCUGGCCGACAGUCACUUCUGGAAGCUCAUCGGUCAGCUGGCAGAUGACCAGAUCACCAACGUCCGCAUCGGUGUGGCGCGCUUAUUGGGGAUCAUUUGCGAUCGUUUCUUCUCCGACGCCUCCAAAAUGCCAUCGCAUAUCAUGGACAUCCUCGUCCGCGUCGCGCACGACGAGAGCAAAGAGGUGCAGUCUUACGUCUCCGUGCACUGGGAUCGGCCGCGGAACCCGGUUCCGAGCGACCUCGCCACCUUCUCCCGCCCGCCGCCCACCCCGUCGGUGACGUCAGCUGCAGAUGCGUAG